AUGGCUCACAGCUGCUGUGUGGAGAGCCUCCUCAUGGAUCUUUCCGCAACCAGCGCCGCCACAGCCGCCGGCACUUUCGGCGCGACCAGGGCCCGCCGAGGUGGCAGCGCGAGCAGCACUGAGCGUGCGACCGCUGCAUUUUCUUGCUCGUCCAACCUCCGUUCCAGUUUCCAUCUCUCCUCCCUCGCAUCGCCCAGAUCCACGGUUCGCUGCCGGCGACCAGCAGCCGUGAAAUCAGUUCCCCGCGCAGAGUGGUUUACGGACGACAGCAACAGCAAGGAAGCGACCUCUUCAUCUUCCUCCUCCUCGUCCUCCAAUAGCUCGUCGCAGCCGUCGCAGCAGUCGCCCUCCAGCCGGCCAUUCAUCAUCCCGUCGCUUCCCGCAUCAGACCUCACCGCCUUCAGCGCCGUUCGGGAGUCGCAGAGCAACGACUGCGCCGUGCCGCGAUGCGCAGACGACCGGCUGGUGAAGAAGGUGGAGGAUGCCAUCCCGGCCCAUGUGCGAGGGCUCAUCCUCUUGAACGUCCUCACCUUUCUAUACGGCAGCAACAUCACGGUGGUCAAGGAGGCCGCGUCCGUCCUCGACCCCUUCACCUUCUCCGCGACGCGCUUCGCCAUCGCCGCGGCGGCUUUCGCGCCGUUCCUCGCGUCCGCGCUGCGCACGCCGCACGUGCGGCGCGCGGGGCUGGAGCUGGGCGUGUGGGCGAGCCUCGCGUACGUGACGCAGGCCGUGGGCCUGCUCACGACCGACGCGGGGCGCGCGUCGUUCAUCGGCACGUUCACCGUCAUCGAGGUGCCCAUCCUUGCCGGCCUCUUCGGCGCCAAGAUCCCGCCCAUCACGUGGGUCGCCGGCCUCGCCGCCAUCUGCGGCGUCGGCCUUCUCGAAUCCUCCGCCGGCGACUCCUCCUUCAUGGGCGACCUGUGGACCAUCGUCUCGGCGCUGGUCUUCGGCGUGCACAUCCUGCGUUCCGAGCACCACGCCAAGCACGUCACAACCACCGAGGCGCUCCCGCUCAUAUCCCUCCAGCUCGCCGUGACGGCCGUGCUCUCCACCCUCUGGGUCUCCGUCGGCUCGUCCUCCGGCCUCCUCCCCGGCUGCGGCUGGGAAUCCCUCAUCGCGGGCGACUGGAGCGAGCUCGCGGCGUGGCCGUGGGUGGAGAUGGUGUAUACCGGCGUGCUGUCGACCGCGCUGUGCCUGUGGAUUGAGGUCGUGGCGCUGAAGGAUGUUUCGGCGCCCGAGGCUGCAAUGGUGUACACGCUCGAGCCGCUGUGGGGCGCCGCGUUCGCGUGGGUGCUGCUGGGCGAGCGGUGGGGCCCGGCUGGAUGGGUCGGCGCUGGGUUGAUUCUCGGUGGAAGCGUAUCCAUGCAGAUGUUUGGGCAGGUGGAGGAGGAGCAUGAGCACCACGCCAUCGGCGCCCCCGCCGUCACCUCUGCCACCGCGCUCACCGACAAGACGACCUACGUCUCGCCAACCUCCCCCGCGCUCUCCGCGCUGGGCGUGGCGGCGGCCGUGGCGCUCGUGAUGACAGCCACCACCGCGGGGCUCCCCGCGGCGGACAUGGGCAGCAGCGCGAGCAGCAGCAGCAGCGUGCUGACGUGGGUGCGUGGGCUGGGGCGGUGGGGCGGCAGUGAGAUGGAGAUGGUGAUGGAGGGCGAGCGGGAGGUGGAGAUGACCACGGCCGUCGCCAUGGCCGCGCUUGGCGGCGAGGAGCUCGCGAGCCUGGCGUCGCUCAUCAAGGUGUAUGCUCUCGUGCGGCAGGAUGAAGAGGCGAUGGAGGAGGAGGAGGGUGAGAUGGAGACGGUGGCUAUCUGA